UAUCAAUAAAACAUAACAUAAACAUGCCUUUUGAUUUGGGUAGCUUGAUCUCGGCCGGUGGCCGUGUACGUAUAGGCGGACACACCACCGAAGAGUUGAUGUCCACGGGUGCUGCGCACAUCGUCGGAUCGGAUGGCACUACAGAGGGUGGGGCGUCUGAUGUGGUGCAACAGUCAGAUUUGACGGGAAACAAGAAGUCUUUGUUCAUUGGAAUUAACUAUUUUGGAACCAAAUCAGAGCUGAAAGGCUGCAUAAACGAUGUCAAGAACCUGCGCGAGUUCGUGAUCGAUACCAUGCAAUUCCCAGACGACAAGGAUCAUAUGCGCGUUCUAAUUGACGACGGAAAUGGUGAUGCUAUGCCCACAAGAGAUGCGAUUAUGAAGCAUAUGAACUGGCUUGUCGCGGGUGCGCAAAAAGGAGAUUCGCUCUUCUUCCAUUACAGUGGCCACGGCGGCACAAGCAAGGACAAGAACGAUUCCGAUGAGCAGGAUGGUCAGGACGAAACACUUUGUCCGAUGGACUAUGCGACCAAAGGUCAGAUCAUCGAUGAUUUGGUCCACAAGCAUCUGGUGGAGGUGCUACCCCCCGGAGUGCGGCUCACUGCGAUUGUAGACGCGUGCCAUAGUGGCUCGGUCUUUGACCUAGCAUACACGUACAACAUCGACGCCAACAACGCCAUCAUUGAGGUUGACAACAAGAAGAUUGCAAUGGAUGCUGCUAAGGCCGCUUACGCAGCCCAUAAAAAGGGGGACAAGAUGGGAAUGCUCAAACAUGGUUUGAAGGGUGCCAAGGCAAUCUUCGACGAAUUGAAGGGCAACAAUUAUGAGGACAAGCCCGCUGGAGGCUCAGGUGACGGAGUGACCGAUGCGCGCGUAUCGAACAAGGAAACAGUAGCCGAUGUCAUACAGUUCAGUGGGUGCAUGGACUCGCAAACGAGUGCCGAUGCGCAUAUCAAGGGCCAGGCCACGGGCGCAUUCUCAUGGGCUUUCAUCGAGAGCAUCAAAUCCCACGGUGUCGGUAAGCAGACCUACAUCGAACUACUGACAAACAUACGCCAAUUGCUAGCUGGCAAGUAUACUCAGGUGCCCCAAAUGUCGACCGGAUAUAAGAUGAAUAUGCAAACCCCUUUCAUCAUGUGAGAGAUGAUUCGAUGCUUAUCGAGAACCUUCUCAAUCAACAUUGAAAAAGUCAAUUAUAGUAUUUAGGUACGAUUUAAGUGCAAUAUAGUAACAAUACAUCAUAUUGAAUAUUACUUUGCAAUGACAAUGCCUUCCGAAUGUUUACGGACGAUUGUCUUGCGUUGAUCGAUCGUCUUCCGUUAUUUUACAUGAUGUCAUAGUUCAUAGCAAUACUUGACAAGGUUUGAGCUCGAACUUCGAAUUCUGGCAAGAUAGUACGAUUGCGUAGAGUUUCAUGCCCGAUUACAAACCCAGAGAGGAGUCUUGUAAGACAUCUUCGCCUACACUGAUAAAGAGUAUAAGAUCAGCUUAUCUGUAGAUUGCCAAUAUUUCUUUUCAUGCUCGAUUAGACAAAAUAGACUGACUGGCUUUCCAUACGCGCGAAUCAGUGUAGACAUCCUUUGAAUGGGUACCCGAGAGCGCCGUAUACGCUAACGUAUCGGCUCAAAUGGCAGGGGUGAAAGUCAAUUUUUUUUAUGUAUGGUGGAUUUAAAGCCGGGAAUCUGCCUCGUGGCGACGCUAUUAAAUACUCACCAAACUCUUGUGCAGCUCAAUUGCUCUACCACAAAAUAAACUAUUCUGAUUCUCGUUGGCAUGAAC